AUGACAUCAACAUCGAAUAAGAGGAGUAUAGAUGAUUUAGACCUUGAAGAGUGUUGCCGCUCAAUCAAGAGGUUGGCGGUAUCCCUUCGCGGAGAGGGUGCGACUGGAGCCGGGGACAAGAACACACCUUCGUGUCCAAAAGUAAAGAAGAAACCAUGGCGCGUACAGAUGCAGCCAAAACUGUCACCGAAAACCAAACCAGAUCAGAAGAUUUGCUCCCCUUUGAAGAAUUUAGAAGAUCAAAUUUCGUUGAUGCUAAAAUCCAUCAGAUACUCUAUUCCAAGCAUCACAGGAAAAGAGGCGACAGAUCCUGUAGAUGUGAGCGGAAAUUCACUCCAAAUCAAAAAGAACAAAAGGCACGCCAGACAAUCAAGGAGAAAACCUUAUCAAAAAUCAAGACCCGACAAUGCUCAGGACAAAGAUCCAGCAAAAGAUAAUCCUAUGAUAACCCCUUCUGUGAACGGUCCAGUCAACAAAAAACAGAGGCAGGGUACCAGCGGCAAACAGAUACCGCCGACAUUAGUGCCCAAAGCCAUAAUCACAGCGCCUGAUGCUUCAGAAUUUGCACUGCCAACUAAAGACAAGGAGACCACCGAUAAAGCAAGUUAUCGAAAACGAAAGCAGAAGAUAUGUAAUAUCCCAAACAAGAAAAGGAAAGUCAACAAAUCCGAAGAUGGAGUUAUUAAAGACUUGAUCAGAAAAUUUGCUCAGCUAGCAAUCUAAAAUAUCCAUCCCGUUUGUUUUUCGCAUUUAAAUAUUGUAAAUACAUGUAAUAUCAUAUUGUAAUUGUUCGUUGUUAAAAUUAUAAAUGUGGAUGCGUUUCU